UUUUCUAGGUCACAGAUAUCGAAAAGGGACCCCCUUAGCUACCUUUCCACGAAAAAACAUUUUAGGUACAUUCAAUUUCAAUAAUAAUUGCCUUCCGCCAUGGCGUGCCACCCAUUUUUGUGAACACAUCGUCAUCAGAUUCGGUGCGAAAGUGGCUGACCGGAUUUAUCAAAUCUGGUGCUUUACGAGCUUCCAUUCGCUUGUGUGCUGAUGGACUCAAAAUUCUGCUACCUAGCAGAAAGGAUACAACUAUGUUCGGGAUUUCUUGAACAACACAAAGAUUGAAUACUGCAGUCAUGACGAUCGAGGUAAACGCCCCAUGAAACAGGUCCUCCGUGGCUUGUACGACCUGGAUUUGAGUGUGCUGAAAAAAGAGCUAAAAACUCUUAAGUUAAACGUAAUCGAAGUCUUCAAGAUGACGAGACACAACAAGGACAUCAAGUACAGUCAUCCCUCAUAUUCGGAACAGUUCGGCCAAUGUUCAAAAAAUCAUAGAAAAUCGUUAAUUUAACUUAAUGAUUCGCUUUUACAUUCAUGUGAAACCUUUUCUUGUGAUCUUUCGAUUGAUGUAUCGACCAAUUGUAAAUUUUUACGAUUUAAUUCACCUUUUCAAAAAAAAACAUUGACCCUUGAAAUCCACAAAUUUGGAACACUUUUUUCUUACGGAUGUAAACAAACUUUGGAUCUCUCCAGGCGUACAAAUUUGUAACAUAAUAAUGACUUCACACACUGAAACCAAUCAAACUCAAGCUUAGUGAUGAUGAUAACUUUUUUGUGAAAAUAUUAGUUAAAUUCAGGUGUUCCACAAUUGUGGGAGGCACAAUAACAUCCCACAAUUAUGGAACAGGCCAUUUGGAGGCAGUGUUUUGCUACGCAGUAUGAAAUAGACUCGAAAUGAAGUUUUUUGGUAGAAAAGUUCUACUUUUACUAGUGAAAUAGCAAGAGAAUGUCCAAAUGAAGGUCCUAAAAAUAGUAGGGUCGACAAACAAGCUGCAUUUGGCAUGCUAUUGACAAAUUAUCACAAAAGUGUUCCGAAUUUGUGGGUGUUCCGAAUAUGUGGGAUGACUGUAUCGAUCAGCUGUACUUGGUUCAUCUUGAGAAACGAUCGACUACGCCGUCUGAGCUGAAAGCAGUUCGGGCAAUUUUCAACAUCAUCGUGACUUGGGAACGUUAUCAUCCAGUGAAUCGUGACGUGACGCAAUGUUCAAACUGCUUGCAGUUUGAACAUGGUGGAAGGAACUGUUUCAUCAAGAGUCUCAAGCUUGCAACACAAUCAACGAGAACAUCGAAGCCAAAUGCUUCAAUUGCGGUGGCGAUCAUUCGACCAAGAAUCGAAGCUGCCCAAAACGAGCUGAGUUUGUAAAAAUUCGGCACCAAGCGACGACGAGGCACCAACCAAAUCGUCGCAAAACACCAUCAGCUUUCCCGGACGUGGAUUUUCCUGCUUUGGCGUCACCAGGAGCGCGAUCUGCUCGAGUGGUUCCAAAUCUACAUCCAUUGCCGUUGAAUCAGCGGCAAGAAGUUGCAGAGAAUACAACACCUCCAGGCUUCAGUCAGCAACCGAGGGUAAAUCAACCAGCAUCAACAGAUGAAGGCAGUAGUGACCUGUUUUCACCACAAGAACUUCUGAACAUUUCCAUCGAGAUGACAACAACUCUGCGUGGGUGCAAAACUCGCCAGGAACAAGUAAGAACCCUUGGAGCAUUCAUCUUAAAAUACAGUUCGUAGUUUACUCGUUCUAAUGAUGUUGAAUAUUUCAAUGAAUUUAGUUUUUUAUUCUAGUUUUAAGUUAGGAUUAGUUGUUACCAUGAUUUUUUUACCCAAAUGUAUUCUGUUCAAUGCAAUAAUGUAAAACAAUUUGAAGUAAACAAAAUAAAUAUGAUCAGGUGCAGGAUCAAAUCGAAGAUCGACGAGUCUCUUCGACGGCAGCAAGCAGGGUUCCGAAGUGGCCGUUCGUGCGUUGGUCACAUAGCGACACUUUGUGUGAUCCUCGAACAGGUCAACGAAUUCCAGGACUCCCUUCACCUGGUUUUCGUUGAUUAUGAGAAAGCGUUUGACCGUCUCAACCACGAAAACCUCUGGGAAGCUCUUGAGCGGAAGGGUGUUCCAGAGAGGAUCAUUAACCUCAUCAAGGCGCAGUACGAGGCUUUCGUUUGCCGUGUUGUGCAUAACGGAGUCUUGUCGGACCCAAUCCGGGUGGUAGCUAGGGUGAGGCAAGGAUGUAUCCUGUCGCCUUUACUGUUCCUUAUCGUCAUCGAUGAGGUGUUAGCUAGAGCGUUGGACCGUGUGCAAAACCGUGGGCCGAUUAGGAUGGAGCACUUCAACGACCUCGACUUUGCGGAUGACGUUGUGCUGUUCUCGCAGAUAAGGAGCGGCCGUGGCUGACUGGUUACGGUGUUCGCUUUCUAAGCGAAUGGUCCUGGGUUCGAUUCCCAUCUGCUCCCAACGAGAAAGUAUAGGAAAUAUUAAUCUUGAAACUCUGAACAUGAACGAAAAAUCAAAGUCGCCCGAGUCGGGGUUCGAUCCCCCGUCCUUUGGAUUGGUAAGCAAAAAUGCUAACCACUAGGCCAUCACGGCUUGGUGAGCGAUGCCUGGAAUUAGGAAUACUGUUACUAUCAAACUAUAUACGCGCUGGGUCCUUGUCCAUUUGACAAGGGUUCGGAAGUUCUAAAUAACGUUUGAACCCGAUUGGUGCAAACGUUCUUCAGGGUCGAUUGUCGAUAAAGCUGAAGUACCUCGCGCUCGGCUAGCCAGCGUAGAAAUGGGUCACCGAAGCUCGGCAGAGCUAACACCUUCCAAAUGCCUAUGCGAGUUAUUUGCAUGUAUAGAAUGAAGAUCUAAAAAUACAUGGAAACAACUCAAUUUGUAAGAAGCGACUGCGUGGUCCCGUUUGGUUGGUUGCACACACACACACACACACACACACACACACGUUGUGCUGUUCUCGCAGAGAAGAAACGACAUACAGAACAAGCUGGACGACCUAGCUGCAUGCUCCUCGGCGGCGGGUCUGAAAGUCAAUGUCUCCAAGACUAAGUCGAUGGCAGUGAACACGGAACGCGCUCAAGGCUUCACGGUAGCUGGUGAAAACGUUGAGAAGGUCGACACUUUCCAGUACCUUGGUAGCCAGAUUGCGCCAGAUGGUGGCACCAAGCUCGACGUGUCCACGCGGAUCAAAAAGGCCAGAGGUGCUUUCGCGGGUCUUCGCUCUUUGUGGCGCUCGAAUCAAAUCAGCUUGCGUACUAAACUGCGGAUUUUGGCAGCCGAUUAGGAUGGAGCACUUCAAUGACCUCGACUUUGCGGAUGACGUUGUGCUGUUCUCGCAGAGAGGAAACGACAUGCAGAACAAGCUGGACGACCUAGCUGCAUGCUCCUCGGCGGCGGGUCUGAAAGUCAAUGUCUCCAAGACCAAGUCGAUGGCAGUGAACACGGAACGCGCUCAAGGCUUCACGGUAGCUGGUGAAAACGUUGAGAAGGUCGACACUUUCCAGUACCUUGGUAGCCAGAUUGCGCCAGAUGGUGACACCAAGCUCGACGUGUCCACGCGGAUCAAAAAGGCCAGAGGUGCUUUCGCGGGUCUUCGCUCUUUGUGGCGCUCGAAUCAAAUCAGCUUGCGUACUAAACUGCGGAUUUUUAACUCGAACGUUAAAUCAGUGUUGCUCUACGGGAGCGAGACUUGGUGCGUAUCGAGCCAAAACACGACAAAACUGCAAGUCUUUGUAAACCGCUGCCUUCGCAACAUCUUUCGUGCCUGGUGGCCCCAGAGGCCAAUACACAUCGAAAUCCGGGAGCGCAAGUGGAGAUGGAUCGGCCACACGCUACGAAAAGACACGAGAUCUGCCGAGAAGCACUGGACUGGAACCCACAAGGACAACGCGGCCGGGGCAGACUAAGAGGCACAUGGCGGAGAAGCCUCCACCAGGAAAUCAGUGCUUUUGAAGAUUCGUUAAGCUGGCGCCAAGUGAAGGUGAAAGCAGAGAACCGUCAUCAGUGGAAAUCCUUCAACGCGGCCCUAUGCUCGCACUGGGGAGCAGGACGCAAGUAAGUAAUUCAGAACAGACGUAGCAUUUUAGGAGGAAAGGGGUGUUUAAAGGUUUGUGACUAUCCAUUCAAUUACAAUGAAUAUUGUUAACGUCAACUAGGGCGAAUUGGGACACAUGGGGCGAAUUGGGACAGCAGUUUUAACCAUGGUAGAGCACAAUUUUUGAUUUUUCUGGUUGGUUUCGGAUAAAACAGACUCAGACCAACAAAAUGUGUAUAUCCGUUUCCAAAUUUAAACCCUUUAAGCACGGACGCACGGACAUGACACCAGGAACAAAUUUUCUUCAAAUUUCUGAAGCAAACUAUUUCUUGCGCUAUUCAAGUUGUCGAAGUAGCAUCGCGCGAUUAAGCAUGAUUUCUCAAAAUGUAUUAUGCAUUCGCAUUCGCAUUCGCAUGUAGAUGGUGAUCUUAGCGGGUUGCAGACUGGAUUUCGUCAUGUAUAUGUGAUGAUUGUCCAUUACUGGUGCUUAGAAAUUGAUUAAAGGGAAUUAAAACUAAUUCUACCAGAACAGAACUGGCAGCACCAUGAAAGCCAUCCAUUGCCGGCCGCUCCCAUCUCCACCAUACACCGGGAAGGAACAAGGAUUCGGAGCACGGGAAGUGUUGAUGCUAGCUUACUUAGAAAAAGGUAGCGAAACCGCAGGCUCUUUUUCACAACCCUAUUGUGGAAUUCGAACAAAUUGUCCGUUUGACCAAAUUUUAUCGAAUUUAAACAACAGGGCUGCGUAAGUGUCGCGUGGAGUUGGUAGUUUUGGAGGGUGAUGGUCUUCGAUUAGCCCUAAGCAAGCGAUACGACCAGUGGUAUAAAUUAGGUUAGCGGAUAAACCAUAGACUAAUUAAAGACUAAACACUCAGAACAUUUUUUUUUCAAAAAAUAUGACUUAUAAGCUGUGAACCGCGUGAACCCACAUUGUACCGCAUCGGCUCGCCCCCCGUAUGACAGAUUUUCUUGGCCGCACUGUUAUUUUCGAUUUUGCUUUGCGCUGAUUUGCGCGCGCAAAACGAGUUUGUUUAUGUUUUUAUUUUGGCAAAUCUGUUGACGGGUGGAAUUUUUUUUGCCAACUUCUGCUUAUAAUUUCGUAAAAUUAAUUAUCAGCAUCACGUCUUCAAGCAAUCGUUUUGAAACCGGUGCAGGUUGUUGGAGUUGGAGUGCACCAGGAGACAUGACUGUGUCAGUCAGCCAGGUUCGCGGCUUUUCAUGCAGCAGGGUGCAACGGAAGUGCCCAACAUAAAGAAAGUUACGUCGCUGGAGUGAAAGAGUUCACCAUUUCGUCAGGCUGUUAUCAUCCACAAAAAUCAAGUGUAAAAUAGCUAUCACAAGAGGCGGGCUAAAGGCCACCGUCCGCAAGAAAAGGAAGUACAAGUUGGUACGUUCGGCCGCCAAAUCCAAGAUCAAUUUUGUGCAAACCGCUGUGGAAACAGGAAGGUCUGUGCGCACCGUCUGGACGCCAGCAACUUUGCCUGGGCUUCGGAGGGAUGCACGCUAGGCACGUCGUGAUCGAUGCCGCGCCGUUUCAUCAGUGGUACGAGAACCACUACCUGCUGCCGCAGGACAAGAAACGUGACCUGAAGGCCAGCUAGGAGGAUGUGUUAGCCAAAAGGACAGCAAGCAUCUGCUUAAGAAGUACGCCAAGCGUCAGAAGACUAACAAGAUCGAUUCCGCCCAGGAGUAGUAGUUCAACGCUAGACGUCUGCUGGCCGUCAUCGCUUCCCGACCUGGACAGAUUGGCCGUGCCGAUGGUCCUGAUGCUGUUCUGGGUUGCGCGGGCGAUGGAUCAGCGAAGAGAAGCGGAAGGAGGACAUCUUGUGUACACGAGGAGCAGGUUCGGGAACUCCGAUCGCUACAAUCUUAGGGAAAAGCAAGUCAAACCAAAAGUAUUUGUGAACCAAAAUGUGAAGAAUCUCAAUGGUCGAAUAAAUUGAGUUAGAAUGCAAUCAAAUACUAUGCAAAACUUUUAAAUUCAGGCACAGUUCUGAAAGAAAUCCAUUCAAUAGAUGAUGUGUUAAAAUGUAUGAAAUAAUAUUUGAAAAUAAUUCGUUAUUUUAUUACAAAAGUGAGCCAGCUCGCUCGCACGCGAUUCGAGGUUUCCACCUCCGGUAAUAUUUAGUCGUGACUUGUCGAAGACCAACUCGCUCGUCUAGAUGUUGAUGGCUUUGGAGACGAUUAAGAAAAUUUCUUGAUCGGAAUCGCCGGGGUUCAUUCUUUCUUCUUCUUUCGUUCACCUCCGGGUAUGCGCUGAUUUAUUUCGCCAGAUUCCUCGCAAUUGGCCCUUCUCGGCGCUUAUUCCGCCAGCCUGUCUAGAUCUGUCCGAGUCGGAUAGGGUUUGCGUCUGUAUAAUUAACCCCGGCACCUAUCGGUUCAAUUAUGUUCGAUUCACCAGUGUAGCCAGUUUCUGACAUUUUGAUCUGUCAUUUUUGACAGUGAACCGGCCAUGCCGAGGGGUCAUAAAAAGGUUGAGUCAUGGUUCAGAUCCCACUGUGUAGUCUUUUAUUAGUCUAUGGAUAAACUAUAAAUCUCAAAGCAAGCAAUCGGAUGCUGCUGUUGAGACAAUUCCCGUUUAACAAAUUUAUGGAAUUUAGUAUUUUAGCAGAUUAGACAUUUAUUCUCAAAACAUCAAUAAGUUUUCUCAAAAUGUAUUAUGUCAUUAUUAAGUAAAACAUUUAGCAUUAGUAUGGUGCUAGAAACAGUUUUUUGACAUUAAGUUUGUCUUUAUGGUUUUAUGUAAUUUAU